ACCAAUCCCAGCCAGACAGACCCAAGUACCAGUAUGAAGAAGAAUUUAAAACAGAUGAAGGACCAAUGCUGUUCUGAACUGAUCGGUCAUUGUACGGCGAGUCUGAAGGCUCAGUAAUCGCGUUUGGUUGGUCGGAGCAGUCAUGUCGGAGCAGGAGUCUCUGAAGAGCUCCAGCGUGAGGAACCGCGGAGGAGUACAGCGAGUGGAGGGCAAGCUGAGAGCCAGUGUGGAGAGAGGAGAUUAUUAUGAGGCCCAUCAGAUGUACCGGACAUUAUUCUUCAGGUACAUGUCACAAGCGAAGCAUGCAGAGGCCAGAGAGUUGAUGUACAAUGGAGCAUUGCUCUUCUUUAGUUAUAAUCAGCAAAACAGUGCUGCAGAUCUGUCCAUGCUGGAACUAGAGUCCCUGGAGAAAUCUGGGGCCAAAGUAGAUGAUGAGACACUAGAGCAUUUGGCUAAACUCUUCAGCCUGAUGGACCCAAAUUCACCAGAGCGAGUGGCGUUUGUCUCCAGAGCGAUCAAGUGGUCAUCAGGAGGCUCGGGGAAGUUGGGCCACCCCAAACUACACCAGCUGCUGGCGCUCACAUUGUGGAAAGAGCAAAACUACAGUGAAUCACGCUAUCAUUUUCUACACUCAUCUGAUGGAGAAGGCUGUGCACAGAUGUUGGUGGAGUAUUCAUCUGCGCGAGGAUUUCAUGGAGAGGUGGACAUGUUUGUAGCACAGGCCGUCUUACAGUUCCUUUGUUUAAAAAAUAAGACAAGCGCAUUGGUGGUGUUCACCACAUACACACAGAAGCACCCGUCUAUAGAGAAGGGUCCUCCGUAUGUGCAGCCUCUGCUGAACUUCCUGUGGUUCCUCCUGCUGGCUGUGGACGGUGGGAAGUUGACAGUCUUCACAGUGUUAUGCGAGCAGUAUCAGCCAUCACUGAAGAGAGACCCUAUGUACAAUGAGUAUCUGGAUAGAAUAGGACAACUGUUUUUUGGAGUGCCACCUAAUCAGUCGUCAUCAUAUGGCGGUUUGCUAGGAAACCUAUUGAAUAGUCUAAUGGGCUCAGGCGAGGAGGAAGAGGGUGAGGAAGCUCAGGAGGACAGCAGCCCCAUAGAGCUGGACUGAAGCAUCUGACCGGUGGCUCGCUGGUCCCCAACAUCAUAAACCAGCCCCAUACCAAACCAUACACUGACGUGAACAAUGACCAAUGACACAUCCGUUUGGGCGCUCGUUUUCAAUAACUAACUCUUUCCUGUUAUUGUUGGACUUUGUUCUGUGUAUAGUUUUUAAAGAAUGAAGGUGCAACAAUAUCAAACUUCCCAGACUGUUGAACAAAAUUCGUAAAAAAAAGAGCACUAACCGACGCACUUCAGAUGUAAUUGUGAUGCCCUCCAUUUGUAGUUCUACUGAGCUGUUGGUGUCAGGGACCCUCGUUUGUGAGAGGGACUUUCCUGUCCUGCCACUGAAGGUGGUGGUCGCUCAAUGUAUUAAUAAAAGUAAUUAAAUUGCUCUUAACUUAUACUCCAUUCUAAUAUACUUUGAUAAAUUCUACAGUAUGAUAGCUCAAUCAAAACAAGGCUUGGUUUUGUGUGUCUACACAGCUAGAUCUUACCAGGGAUAUUUCGGUAUCCUUGACAGGACAUUUCACCACUUCUGUUACAUUGUAUGUGUGAGAAUGAGAAAAGCACAGAUCGUACAAAUGUGCGCGAGCGGGUGGAUGAAUGCAUGUUCGUGUUGAUCGGAGUGUGAAUGUGCCGUUAUAAAUGUCUCAGUCACCAGGGGGCCACUUCAUUCUCUGCUGAGGUGUGAUUGAACAUAAUAAAACAAUAGAAAAUGGAUG